AUGUAUUACAAAGCUAUUUUUUAUGCAAAAAAUAUAGAUUUCAAUGGAGUUAGCCAACGAAAAUCAAUUGAAAAUGAAUAUAAACAUGGUCCCUUGGUAUAUAUGUAAAAUAUUAUAAUAAGUUAAUUGAUAAACCCAAAUGUUUACCAAUAAUAAAAAAAGAAUUAAGUCAAGAAGAACUUGAUGAUUAGGAAGGAAAGGUUCGGAAAAUAAAUAGUGGUUCAAGCAUAGCAGAAAUUAAUGAAUAAAAGUCAAAUAGAAGCUAAUCUAGUGCAAAGAGUGCCAAGAGUGCAAAACAUUUGAGUAAUCAAGUAUUGAAUGGAGAACCAAAGAAGAAAUAAAUAAGAAGAAUGAAUAGCAAAAUAAAGGCAAGAUUGUAGAAAAUGUAAAACAUUAAAUAAGCAUCGGCAUUUUAGAAAUUAGUUUUUUAAUUUAUUGAAGGAUGGGCAUUCUCAAUUUUAAUGGCUAUUGUUACACUUUAUGCACUUUUUGGAGAUGAUAUAAGAAUCUUAACAGUCAAUAAAGAUCAAGAUGAUAUCUUUUUUAUUCUCACAAUAAUAAGCAUGUCGUUUUUUACAAUAGAAAUAAUCUUAACCUCAAUAGCAAAUCCAAAUUAUAUCCUAAAUGUAAAUAAUUAAGUUCUAAGAUUAGUUUUAUUUUUGUCUUGAUGUAAUUUCGACUGCAACGAUGAUUUUAGACAUUGGAUGGGUAACGGAUUUAUGGUAUGGAGAUGAAGGAGAUAUUGGAAAUGCUGCAACAAUUAAAGCCUUGGGUAGAGCAUCUAGGGUUGCAAGAAAAGCAGCAAGAGUCAUUAGGAUAAUCCGAUUAGUAAGACUGGUAAAGUUAUAUAAACAUGCCAGACAAUAAUAUGAAAAGGAUCAAUAACGAAAAAUCCUUUAGGAUAUAUUAAAAUAAAAUAGAAUAUUGAGCGAUGAGAAUUAAAAGUAAUAAUAAUAAUAAUAAUAAUAAUAAUAAUAAUAAUAAUAAUAAUAAUAAUAAUAAUAAUAAUAACAAAAUUAUAUUUUCAGAAAUUCCUCAUUUCCAUCACCUCCUCCGUCUGGUGGACAAUAAUUAAAAAAUAAUGAUGAUAAAUAAGAGUUGAUUGAAUUCUAAAACUUAAUUAAAGAUACCAGCAAACCGUUUCUAGGAUAAAAUUAAUAAUAAUAAAAUCAUGAAAUGUCUGCUUUGUCAGUUUAAUAAGGAUUAUCAUAUGAUCAAAAUGCUUAAGGAAUGAGUAAUGAGUAGUUUAGAUAAAGCUAAUAAUCUUAAUAGAUGAAUGAAAAUUUUUAAGAGAGCAAUGUUGGUUCUAGAUUGUCUGACUUAGUAAUGAGAAGAGUUAUAACUAUUAUCUUGGCAAUAUUAAUAAGUAUACCAGUAUUAACUUUAGAUACAUAUUAAGAAACAAUAAAUUCCUAUGAUUCUGGUAUAUUUAGAAUAGGUUAAUUUAGAAAUGAUCAAAAACUUCUUGAAAUCUUAACUAUGUAAUAUGUAAAAUUUCAUCAGGAUGAACUUUUUCCAAUCUUGGCUGUAUAUGUUAUUAGAAAUAAUGUAACUAAUAAUUUUCCAAAAUUAAAUGAAACAAAUUUUUAAAUCUUUAAUUAUUCUCGAAACUCUGAAUGGUUUUAAUCAACGCAUUUAAAUAUUGAUUAACACCGAUUCUCUGAUAAAUAAUAUUAUGCUGCAGUAGAUACAAAUAAUAAAUUAAUAACAUGUUCAGUAGGUGAUUUGAUUGACUAUAAUCAAACUAAUGCUAUUCUUUCAAUAUUUUAGACCUUAUUUGUAUGUAUUGUAUUGGCUUCGAGUGCUAUUUUAUUUAAUAAAAAUGUAAAUGAAUUGGUUAUUGAACCAAUAGAGAAAAUGAUGGGAAAGAUAGAAUUAAUUGCUCAAAAUCCAUUAGAGGCAGUAAAUAUAGAAGAGUAAGAAGAUUUGAUAAUGGAAGAGUUGGAAUAAAAUGAAGAUCAUGAGAAGAUAAAGGAAAAAUACAUUGAGAAAUAGAUGGAAACAUAUAUUCUUUAAAGGUUAAUUAUGAAAGUUGGAGCUUUAUUGGCAGUAGGAUUUGGAGAAGCAGGUUCAGAAAUUAUUGCUGAGAAUAUUAAGAAAGGAGGGAGUGUUGAUCCAAUGCUUCCAGGUAAGAAAAUAAUGGCUAUAUUUGGUUUUUGUGAUAUAAGAAAUUUUACUGAUGCAACAGAAGUUUUAUAAGAAGAAGUAAUGGUAUUUGUAAAUGAAAUUGCUGAAAUUGUACAUUCAACAGUUAAUUAAUAUGGAGGAUCAGCAAAUAAAAAUAUUGGAGAUGCUUUCCUAUUAGUUUGGAAAUAUUUACCUAUGGAAUAUCAUCCAAAUCCACAAAAUCCAUCUAAAUUAAUUGUGAAAACUGAUCAUCAUAUUAAACAAAAAGGAGAUAUGGCAGUUUUGGCUUUUCUAAAGAUAAUUACUUCUAUAUCAAUUUCAAAGAAAUUAGAGAGGUAUAAAAAACAUGCUGGUUUGAAUGCAAGAAUGAAAGAUUAUUCUGUUAAAAUGGGAUUUGGAUUACAUAUGGGAUGGGGUAUUGAAGGAGCAAUUGGUUCAUCUUUCAAAAUCGAUGCUUCUUACUUAAGCCCUAAUGUCAAUAUGGCAUCUAGAUUAGAAGCUGCCACUAAAUAAUUUGGUUCCAUUAUUUUAAUUAGUGGGGUUUUAAAGUAAUAUUUGACUGAAGAUUGUCAAAAAUAAUUAAGAUAAAUUGAUAUUGUAACUGUAAAGGGAAGUGUAGAGCCUGUGGAAAUUCAUACUGUUGAUAUGUCAAUAAAAAAUUUAUUACAGAAGACAAAGGAAAUGAAAGACAAAUUUGACACUAGCAAGAUGAAUUAGAAACAAUAAAAAGAGUUUCGAGUACUUAAUAGAUUUAAAAGGGAACAAUUACAAAAGGAUGUUUAAAAAGACAAAGUAAAUGUUGUAGAUUAAUUUAAAACUGAUGAAGAACUCCUUUACUCUAGAGAACCUUUUACAUAAGUAAACUAUUGUUAAAUAUUUAUCUCUUUAGGAAUUUUAUCAAACUUGGAAAGAAGGAUUCUAAUUAUAUGUCAAAGGCACAUGGGAUAAGGCUCAAAUAAUAUUUCAAAAAACUUUGGUAUGCUUAUAAAUUAAAUUUAAAGAGUAUGAUUCCUGAACAUAAGGAUGGUCCAUCCAAUACCCUUUUAGAAGUUAUACAUUCCAAUGGUGGAAAGGCUCCACAUGAUUGGAAAGGUUACAGAGAACUUACAGAAAAAUGA